UGGUUCAAAGUAAUUGUUUGUAGAGUUUCUUAACCAUUUCCUAAGAAUGAGGACAUGUUUGUUAACCCAGUUGAAACAAUGUGUUUUACUGUCAUGUGGAACAAGAGGCAGUGUUUUACUUCCAUUAAUAAACAACAGAAGCCUUAAAACUGCCAAUAUGUCUAAAGUUGAAUUUGAUUCUGCCAAUUCAAAAGGGCCUUGCCCUGGUGUGCUCCAAGGUGAGGGUUUGGACACCACAAAAGGCCUUAUUGUUCUGCAGGAAUGGUGGGGAAUGAAUGACCAAAUCGUUGCAGAGGCAAAAAUGAUCGGUGAAAAUGGAAAGUUCAAAACAGUUGUGCCAGACCUUUACCGAGGUAAGGUGGCGACUGACUCCGAGACUGCAGGUCACCUGAUGGAUAACCUGGAUUGGGACGGUGCGCUGGCUGAUAUUGCUGGAGCUGCAAAGUUUCUAAUGAGCAAAGGAUGUAAGAAGGUGGGCGUGACAGGGUUCUGUAUGGGUGGAGCCCUAAGUCUGGCAACCGCGGUCAAAGUGUCAGAAAUCUCGGCAGCUGCCCCUUUUUACGGAAUCCCAGACAGUGCAAAGUAUGACGUCAGUACCAUAACCAUUCCCGUACAGGCUCAUUUCGGUGACAAAGACGACCUGGAAGGGUUUUCAUCCCCCGCCGAUGCUGAGGCACUGAAAGGGCGAAUGAAAGAUGAAAGAUUUGAGUUGUUCAUGUAUCCCGGAUGUGGCCACGCUUUUACCAAUCCCACGGGGCCCCUGGGGAACUAUAAUGAAGAGCAGUGUAAGAUCGCGCUUGGACGGAUGCAGGAAUUUAUGAAUAAAUAUCUUGCUUAGGACAUUUCUGCAGCACCCUCUCCCUUUUAAAACUUUGCUGAAAGCCAAGCUUUUUCUUCCUUGCUGUGUACAAGUGUGCCAUUUGAGAUUUUAUGGACUGAACUGUUAAUUAAGUUGACAUGCUGCAUGUCUCAGACGAUGCUUUUGAUGUUUGAUAGAUUGUUGCACUGUUUAAAAAUACUUGUCAGUCAUUCAGAGUGAUUGACUGUCAUGAUUAUGCAAAUUUUGAGUACUCUUUAUUGUAGACCAUUUACUAACAGUAGAGUAUCUGUUAUAUAUCUAAUGGCCAUCUCUAUAAAGAUCUUACUAGUCAAUUUAAGUCCUUAAAAAUUGUCUCAGUGCCAUUGUUUCAUAAUUUUUCUACAAAUUUGAGUGAAUUGAACUUGAACUAGUAUUAAAGCUGCACUCUCACAGAUUUAACGUUUUGACAACUUUUUUUAGUUUUUGUCUUGGAACAAGUCAGUUUUUGCGAAAAUCCAUGGAAACCAGUUGUACAAGACUGCUGCCAAAAAACAAAAUCACAGUUUUUUUAUAUUUAAGUUCAAAAAUUGAUGUUUUAUUUUUCUUAAACCGCUAGUAUGGUUUAUGUCAUAAAACAUUAAUUUUGGCAGGGAAAUCUGAAAUCUGAUCUUUUAUCAGCAAACUAAUUGGUUUGCAGAUAUUUACGCAAAAUAUUGCUCUUUCCAAGACAAAAAAGUUGUAAAAACUGUAUAUCUGUGAGAGUGCAGCUUUUAAAAUGAGCACAAAAUGUAAGUAAUGAAAAAAAAAAAUCAAUGUGAUACCAUUAAAAUGUGACGUAAUUUCUUAUGCUGACAAGCAUAAGUAUCUUUUUUCAGUUAGGUAAAUUAAUAACAAAACUUGAUUUUUCAAAAUAGAAGAUUUUUUUCUGUUAAAGUCUUAACACGUUUUAAUAUUUUAAUAUGACAAUAUUUCGCCACCCCAGGCAAUCAUUGGAACAGCAUAUUUUGUUCUGCUUUGAAAAUACUCCAAAGCAUCUUCCAAUGCAUUCGGAGCUGAAGAAUCUCAGACAUUUUUUAUCAAAAACAACCUCGGAAGUUUACCACUACAUCUGAAGAAGUAGUUCGUAAAUUUUUGAAUUAUAUCAUUAAUUAAAUGUAGUGUUUUAGAGUUGCAUUUAUUGAUCUUAAUUUAAACUGAUUGCCAGUGAAGUGUAUUAUUGCAAACAUAAUUAAGAUUCCUUAGAGUUAAGUCAUAAACUUGAUUUUACAAAAUAGAAGGUAGUUUUCUUUUAAAGCCUUAAAACGUUUUUAUAUUUUAAUAUGACAAUAUUUCACCACCCCAGGCAAUCAUUGGUAUUUAUAUCCCCGGAUUACCAUACUGUUAUAGCUCAUUAAAAUUACGACGCAAUAUACUUGAAGCAGACUUAAAUGUACCAAUUUUUGAGGAAAUUUUGGCCUGUUGUUAUUAUACAUUAUGUUGAAAUUAGUCAGUUAAAAUAUUUCUGUCACAAGAUCUCCUGUUUAUUGUAUCCUGCCUUUUUGACUUCAUAAAUCUUAACUGAUCUGAUCUUA